GGGCGGCCUUCCCAUCCCCGAAACCUCAGAGCGCCGUGAGCCCUGCUGCUGCUCGCACACGGUGGCCCCACCGCGCUCGCUGCGCACGGCUCUGAUGUCCACGUCCACCUCCCGGAUGGGCACCGGCACACGGCGCCGUCCCAGCGACAGAGGAGGGGCCGCCGGGUCCCAGGGUCCGGCGAGCAGGUGGCGGCGCAGGUGCGAUGGGUGUUCCCACCCGAACGCCUUCUCCGUGGAGCUCACGGCGCGGCCAUGCAGAUGGGAGGCCGAGGCGGCUCUACACCCGGCCCUCUCCCAGGACACGGGACGCGCCUCCCGCCCACAUCCCUGCCCCCGACGAGUAUUACAUGUACUGCCUCUCGCCUUUUUAAAGGGCUCCUUGAUUUGACCAAUCACGAAGCUUCAGAUUCUGUCGUUCAGAGCCAAUUGCCCGCCUUCUUGUACGGCUGCCUUGAAAACCAGGAGAAAAGGACCGAACCAUUUCUGUGGAUUGGGUGGGAAAGCGGGCAUGCGCACUGCAGCCGGUUCUACCCUCAUCCCUUCCUAUGGGGGCUUUAGAGACGUUGCGGGUGUUGCUUUUCAGUUUACCAAAACUUUUACCUCUCUACCAUCCUAAGGAAAUUAUGUUUGUGGUUAUUUUAAAGUGUAUCCCGCAUUGUAAAAGCCACCUUUGCUUUCAAACCUGUCUUCUCUAUAAUCUUCCCCAAUCGAAGAUUUCGAAGAAUCUUUCCAUCCUUGAGCGUCCGGGGCCGGGAAACACUCUACCAUUGAAAUGUCCCCCCCUUUUUCCCCCCGCCCAAUCACUUCCGCUAUCAAGCGCUGUAGGUAACCGUGAUUCAUCACCUGCCAAUCAUUCACUUCGUUCACAGGCUCUAAAUAGCCCGCCUUUGCCGCCGUUUUUGUUUUGGUCUGGGCUUGAAAGCCGCGAGAUCGUGAGCGGAGGCCAUGUUUCUUUUGGGCAGAUUCCUCGCGAUACCCAGGCUCAUCGACCAGUGCCUCGCCGCCAUCUUAAGUCCUGGCUAUGGCUUCAAGCCCACCGCGCGGCUGCGCAGACCGUGUUUGUAGGGGCGGCGGCAGCGUUCCCUGUCGCGUGGGGAGACCCUGGGAGUAGAGUUUCCCGAAGCGGGAGUCUCCAGAGCUUCUGCAGGUUGAUUCAGGGCCCGCUGCCUCUUUUUUCUUUUUCUUUUUUUUUUUGCCCGCGGCCUCUGUAGUGUGAGUUCCCCAAACCAGAUCCUCCUUCACGAGUGACCCUGGACAGUAACCAAACCAAUAAAAGCCCGAACCCACACCCUGCCACCAUCAUAGGUCUGUAACUACUUGGGAAUCAGUAAGCCAUGGCAUCAAAGAAAUUUGCUAUUAAAUGCGGAGAUUUUGCUGUCCUGGUGGAUCUUCACAUCUCACCGCAAGGAUCAAACAAAGACACCAGCUGGUUUUCUGAACAGAACAAAGAGGAAAUCUGUUUACUGUUAAAAGAAACCAUUAAUUCAAGAGUUAAGGAGUACUUGGAAGUUCGUAAACAGCACAGGCCGUCAAAUACAGAAUUCACAAGAUCCAGUCCCUUGUCCUUAAAAGGUUAUGGCUUUCAAAUCACAGCCUAUUUCCUCAAGAGAGGGAUACGCCUUCGCUGCUUUGGGGGCUCACAGAGUCCUGAACUUCGUGUAUUUCCUGACAGAUUUGUGGUCUGUGUAAGUCAGCUUGCAUUCAGUUGUGAUCUUUCAAGGCAGAAUGAGGAAUUGACGGGAAGAGCUCUCCACGGAGCGUCUGGGUAUUUUGCUGAGUGUGCAGAGGGUCCACUUCCUCCCAGUGCAAAGCGCAAGAGAAGCGUUCUGAAAGCAAUCAUGAAAAGAGCUGAAACAAAAAGCAGCAGCAUGAGCAAAUCACAGGGCAGCAGGGACAUUGUGGGAACAUCGAGUGACUCAGUGGUUGCAGAGAUGGCAGUGAGAAGAGGUGACAGCCAGGCUUCCUCCAGUGCCCCUCCGGAGUCCUCAGGGCAAGCAGAGGAUUGCACACAGGCAGCUGAGAGCCACUGGGGGCUCUCUGUUCAAAAGCUGGAACAUGUUCAUCAGACGCAGCCAGAGGACACCGGCAGCCAGCACAAACCUCAUCCUGGGGCGUGGUUACAGACGGGGCUUCAGAGCGGGAGCGCUGUCUGGAGCUGUGAGUCAGCAGCCCCGGGUCCAAAACAAAGUCCACGAGGAGCCCGAGCACAGCAGAAACGCAGGCCCCGCGGCUCUGCGCAGGGCUCCGACCACUGCAGGAGAGUCUCUCUUGGAAGUGACCGAUUCCUCCCGCGAGAAAUGAGGGCGGGAGCAAGCAAAGCUGUCAGGGUUUUGCCAACAUCAGAGCUGUCAGAUCCGGGGUUACUUUUGAAAGAGGAUUUGGCAAAAGCCAUGUCUAAUGAAGAGUUGCAUGUUUUGGAAAAUCUCUCCUCCAGACAUCUUAUGAAAAUUGAGCCAGGGAAGGCCGACCAAACCGGCUCAGCCACCAACACUGAAAGAUUAGCUACAAUCCAGGGCAGCCCAACCAAAAAAAGGAAGAAGUCUGGAAGAGGCCACUGACUUACUAAAGAGGAUUGCAAAGUUGUGGUUGAGGGAUAUAGUGGCCAAACCUGCGAAAAAUGAGAAGUAUGUGUAGAUGCUGUGAUUUCAAAGGAAUUAGAAUGACUUUUUUAAAAAGAAAAAUGUAUCUCUUUGUUGGGGUUAGCUUUCAAAGAAGUCACCUCCAGAAGCCUAUCUGCUUGUUCUAACAACAUGGCUACCUUCUCAUCAAAUUGUGUAACUGCCUUCAGAAAAUUAUUUUAAUGAUAAACAUCCUUUCGCUUUGUCAGAGACGACCCCCCUCCUGAAGAACUGCACGAAGCCCAGCCGGUAUUGCUCAGUGGUUGAGCAUCCACCUAUCACAGUUCGAUUCCCAGUCAGGGCACAUGCCUGGGUUGCCGGCUCAAUGCUCACUAGGGGGCUUACAGGAAGCAAUUGACCAAUGAUUCUCUCUCAUCAUUGAUGUUUCUAUCCCUCUCUCCCUCUACCUUCCUCUCUGAAAUCAAUAAAAAUAUUUAAAGAAAAAAAGAAGGGCAUGUUGGUACUGGGUACAGUGUAUCUUCCUGCUCCUUGGUUGAGUAGGGGGGCCGUGAAGGAGCAGGCUGGUGGUUCUCAGCAGCUAGUCCUGCACCAACAUCGUCAGAAAAUGUGUUAGAAACGCAGAGCUUGGGCCCCACCUCAGACCUACUGAGUGAUUCUGAAACAUGCUCAGUCCAGACCCACCAUACUAACUGGAGACUCCCUAGCAUUUAUUUUCACCAGCCUGGUGAGCGUGGCCUCCUGCUCAUCUGCUGGACCACAUGUGGACACGUACACACUUGUAAAGCACCUGAACUCAGUGUGUGAGUCACUGUUCCUAGGUGUUAUGGCUGCCACAGCACCUAGAGAGCUGUUACUUACCCUAAGAAUCACAAGACCUUUCACAGGUAAGUUGGUCCAGCGCUAGAAGACAUGGCAGAGCCUUGUUCUUGCUUGUAGUUCAGGCCUAUCCCUGCCCCUACCUCUAAGAUUUUGGUUAGGUUCAGAAUGGACUAGAACCCGCAGGGAACCCCAUGGCCAGAGUUUCCUGUUUCCCAUUUGGAAGGCUUCACAGACAGUUUAAGUUUCAAAACAGGAGUCUUUGAUUUGUAGUCAUAUCCACUAAGUUCUCCAGUGGGCUGGCUGAAAUGUUACAUAGUGACUCAUAGCAACAACUUAUUUUGGAUGGACACCUACUAAAGACUUCCGUAACUGCAUUCAUUCUAAAAUAGGGAAGAAAUCAUCUUCAAAGCACCCAUCAACUACAUCUUUUUUUCAGUUCAACAUUGGGUGGUCCUUUGAAAUAGCCUCUCCCUAGUAACAAGCAAGAUCAGUAUAUUCCCGAAAGUGUUGGAAUUCGCAGAAAAAGCCCAACAAAAUGUAAGAAUAUGGACGCAGACAGUGUAAGUCCAUGCCUAAGACUAAUCAGUGGUUUCUCUCAGUUCAUUCUAUCCUCCCCACGUCUCCUUCCCCACUUGCAUAGGAGGGGAAGACUCACUAAGCAGCAACCAUUUUCAUGGUAGCAUUUUCAGUCAUGAAGUUCAGUCAUGGUCACCACACCUGUCUAUGGAUAUAGAUGCUCUUCCUUUGAUGUUCCAAACCCUGCCUGGAAACCUGUCCCCUUCCUGUGGCCCCAGCCUCACCACCCCCACUAGGACCAUGGCUCUGCUCACUGGUAUCUUUUCCUCUUCCCUCCUAGUUUAUGUCCUCGCCCAGUUAAUUCCCUUGAAAUGAUUCUGUAGGAGAAAAGGGAGCCCAACAGAAUGUGGACCACAGUGAGCAGAUUCUGCUCAUCAACAGGGCUACACUGCACAGAAUGCACACCUGAGCACGUGGUAGAGCGUGGAUUUCUGUGGCCUACUGUGGGCCUCUCUCAGAGUGGCCAGGAAGCUAGGCCUGCUCUUCACUGAAGACAGAACCACAGGGUGUCACUGAGGGUUUUUAAACAGAAACAAGUAUUGGGAUGGUUUCAUCAGAGGUGUCACAAAUGACCAGGUGAUAAGCCAAGAAACAGUAAGUUCCCUGGAACAGUCUAGAAUAAAGACAGCCAUUCCAGAACAGUAGCUUUAGAACUAGAAGAUGUUUGAACCCGAAGCACCAGAAAAAGUCUGUAUUGAGAAGUUUUUAUUUCAUUAGUUAACCUGGGCCUGAUGGUUAAAGUCCAUUUUUAUACUUUUAAUGACUUUCUUUCAAGUAAAGUCUUGGCUUUAGAGUUUGGUGUAUUUAUGCAAAUAACAGUAAUUGUGAUGCAAAAGGGAAAAUAGCAUCCUUGGUGGCAGAUGGACAUGGUCUUUCUCACUGCCCUUGUUCACACAGGGUUUUAACAGGAUUAACGGGCCCGGCUAUCUCCACUUCCUCACCUCAGCAUGUGUUUGGAGAGUUCUACCUCUGAACGUUUUCCUUCUCCAUGUCUGAGACCACCCCGGGGCUCCUAUUACUAGAAUGCUCAUGUGAUUCUUUGGAUAUUUGGAAGUACAAAAGGGAAAAUGGCUGCCAGGUAGUCUUGUUGCAUAUUAGGUGGGAAAUGAAGAGUCCUCUAUUGCUGGGAUUGGUGUGUGUUUUGUUAUUUUUAAUAAUCUUAGUAAUUCAGUCACUGAAAAUCUGAGACCCUGUCAGUAUACGUAGUCAAAAAGGGACAAGUCAUUCAACCGCUUACUUAAUAACCCAGAUUAAAUGUAUAUUCAAGUCCCCGUAACUCUGAUGCUUAGAAGAAAUGUGGAUCCAAUUUGAUUAAUGUUAUGACUUUGAACUCCUUAACUUCCUCAGCGUUGUGACUCCUAGCUCACCUCCAUGUGCUUAAAUGACUUUAAUAGAUUGGUGUUAGGUAUUGCUUUGUUUUGUUUUGUUGUGGCGGUUGUUUUCUUAUGUCCAUAAACAAGAAAUGUCUGAGAAUAGUCUGUGAUUUUUCUUACACAUUUUUCUUUCCUUUGCCAGUGGAGGUUAACUGUCCACCAGAGAUGCAUAUAAAUUGUUAAAUGCCAAUGAGCAAAUGUUGGGGGAGAGAGGAGUGCUGCAGCUUUUUUGUUCAUAUUUUUUUACUAUUGAAAAAAAGUAGGAAGAUGUUUCUCAUUUUGUAAAAAGCAAGAGUCACAGAACCCCUCUAUGUUUUGAUUUAUGGAGAAUAUAGCGUCUCUGCACGAGGUAUCUCAAGAUAUAUUUUGGGGACGACGUUAAUUUUUUGCUUUUUUGCCAUGUGUGGAUUUUAGCGUGAACUGCUGUGCAUUUGGUGGCCUUUGAUUCAGAAAGAGCUUGCUGAGGGCAGAGCAGGAAGGGAAGGAAACUCUGCCCAGGAGAAUGGCCUGGGACCACGGUGUCGUUGCUCUCAGUUUCCUCGCGUUCCUUCUUGGCAGGCCCCACUGUAGGAUUUCCACAAAAUUCUAGCGACACGCCCUCCUUUUGAGGUAACAAAUGGCUUUCCUAAGAGCCAGUAACUCUCUGCUCAGCAUGCUAUGACUUGAAUAUGGAAGUCACUUCAAUUUCUCUUUUUCUCCUAUGGGGAAAUGUCCAUGCUUGGUCUGUUAAGACGAGAGAAUUCAUUCCUUGUUACUGAAACACUAAUGAAUUGAAACACGUUGGCACAAGAAAAAAAAAAUCAAAAUUAAGCUGAUUUCUUUUAAAUGGUUUAAAGCCUUCCUUGGUACAAAAUAAAUUAAGCAUUGUCACAUGAAGUUAAUUCAAUUAAUUACUCAGAACAGAAGUCUAACCAUAUAUAUUAUUGGAAUUACAAUUUAAUGAUAUAAUUAAAAUUCUCAGAAAUCUGCUGAACCUCCUCUCAUUGGGGUUUUGUAUUUAUUUACCAAGACAGGGAACAAAUAUAUGUCUAUGUGUAACUUGACAGAGGGGACUUGAGUGGGUGAAAUUGCCUCUACUUGUGGAGAACUACUCAGUACUGGGCUUGAAUUCAAUUACAUUUAAAUAAGUUUCAUUAAUCAGCAUGAUAUUACCAUGUGCUACCUUAUAAUUGCCAUUACAGUCACUUAUCAAAAAUGCUGAUACACUUGACCCCCAAGCAUCAUAUCAGGAGACUGUAGGUAAUGAUUUGCCAGAUCCCCAAAGUAACUUUCUUCAGUCAAGUUAGACAGCCAGACAUUGCAGUAAGCCCAGGGGAGCUCUUCUUUAGCAUUGGCCUUGCCCUCUCACUUGUUUAAGCGAUUUCAAUAGGUGUACAUGUGUAGGGGAUGAAAGCAGUAUGUAGUGGAAAUCAACCUCUUUUAUGAAUAAAAAGGAAAAUUGUUUUAAAAAAUUAAAUUUGUAUGUAUCACUUUUCUUCAAAAUAAGUUAAUUAACCACGAGGUCUGUACAUC